UUACAAUUACAAAUUAACAAAAAAUAAUAAACAAUGACACAAUUAUUUUAAUUAAUUCUUCUGCACUUUACAAAUUACACUAAUCAAUAAGACACUAGAUGGGAUAAGUUAUUCUCAUAAGACUUGAUAAGACCAGAUUCAUCCCUAAUAAAUUAAAUAAAUUAACACAAUAAAAAUGCCCACUUCAAAACUCAAAAAGUUCCGGAAACAAAGUGUGCUUCGGAUGAACGAAGUGAAUGAAGCAAGGAGGAGACAAAAGAAGGGGAAUACCCUUAUGUUAAACAAUACUACCGAUUCCUGUCUAUUAUGCCAUACUGCGGGGACAAAUCCCACCACACCCACACCAAACCUUGACCUCAACGCCCGAGUGAUUUUCCUCCUCCAAAAACUCCUCCAUGUUUCCCCCACCGUUUGUGACGAUCUCUUGCAAAACUAUGGUCAUCCUGCCGACUGGAUUUCCCUCUGUUUCAAAUGCAACGACAUUGUGGUGAAAGGGUGCAAAUUGUUUGACCAGAUUACCAAGUUGGAGGAGGAGCUUGACUCGAUAAGGGAACAAGUCAAGUCGAAGGUCAGUGUCAAGGAAGAAAUUGGGGAGGAUGGUGACCGAGAGGAGAGCGAUUCGGCGACAAAAAUUAUUAGAAGAUAUCUCGUGUCUAGUGGAUUUGUGGGAGAAGAAAGUGACAUUGGCGUAGAAAUAUAUCCCGAUCCCGACGUUUCAAUUAAGGUCGAGGUGGAUGAGAGUGACGGAGCAAUUCCUCCCCCAGAUUUUGUGACUCAUUAUUUCAAUUUGGAUAAGAACGAACCCUUCGUAUUGCCGUCAGUUGAGGCAGUAGGUGUGGACCCUUUAGCGUUUCAGGAUGAUGAAAUGGUGGAGUAUAUUCCUUCCGCUAACCAACCACCCAGGAGGGGAAGACCCAGAAAACAAGCACGUGUAACUCAAACGAAAAAGGGUAGAAUGAUUGGUAAAAUUAGUAAGCCAGCGACAGUGCAAGAUUAUGACCGGGACGAGGACGAGAAAUCUGACCAAGAUGAUCGUCACAACGAUUAUUCAGAUCAAGGUUCUCUUGCCCCCUCAGCCCAACCUGAGCCAGCUACCCUUUCUUGGGCUGAAAUUAUGGCCAAAUUUCCACCUCCUCCUCCUACCCCGGAAGACGAAGAACUCAUUCCAUCCCAAAGGCACGAAAAAGAACUGGAAAGACUCACUAAUCUCGCUACCAAAUACAACAUCACAUCGUUCCCCUGCCCCCACUGUCCUAAAGAGAUGUCAAAAAUCUCCUACUGGUCCUCUCACGUGGACUGGUGUACAGAUAAGACGAUGGGCUACAAAUGCGACACAUGCGAAAAGGUCGUAAAGACGAAAGAAGUCCUAGAAAAUCAUAUCUUAUCGACUCACGUCUCCGAAGAGGCGUUCACAUGUUGUGGCUGCAACACAUUUUUCCGUCGCUGGGAAUACUUUGAUGACCACGCCAUUAAAAACGCUGAUUGUGCAAAAUUUGCCAUUUUCUGCACUAACGCCCCAUGCAAAAUUGCCUUCAGCUCCGAGCAGGUGUGUCAAAUCCAUUCGGAAUGUCGACACAGUGACAUAAAUCCGUUCAAAUGUUUAGAACCCGGGUGUGGAAAACGGUUUUCAACUUGGCACCUGCUUAAAUGGCAUUUUGAAAUGCAUCAUACGGAGGGGAAUAGCGCCGUCUGCGACCAAUGUGGGAAGGAAUUCAAGGCUGAAAGAUCUCUUAGGCAUCAUGUCAACAAUGUUCACCGCACCCGAGAAGAGGGCGCGCCCAGAUUUCCGUGCGAUAUUUGUGGCAGGGAAAUGGUGACAAUGAGCAAAUUGAUUCGCCACAAGCAAAUCCACAUCAAUCCGGACGACGCCCCACAUCUCUGCACCCUCUGCGGGAAGAGGUUUCGACUCAAAAAUUAUUUGAAUAUUCACAUGUGGUCGCACGAUCCGGACAGGAGGGAGAAAUAUUCGUCCUACAAGCCCAAGCAGAGGAAGAGGGGGGAUGGCGAGGUCAAGAGGGGUGUGGCUGGGGCGAGGAUUGGGAGACCGAAAAAGAUGGAGGUGGAAAAGGCGACAGAAGCAGUUAGAGAGUUGGAGGAAAAUAAAUAAAUAGAGCCACAAACGUCCUUUUAACUGCAUUUGUGUAUUAAAAACUAAUUGAUGUGCAUAAUUAUGUACCAGUGUUCAAAUUGUUACUAAAUCUAAAAUUCUAAAUUGUCCCAAUUUUAAAAUGUUUUCGAUACUGUACACACUUUCGGCGUUGGUGACGCUGAUCGAGGCAAGAUUCGGGAGUGGACUAGGCAGACGAACCUGGAUGCAAAAAUUAUUUAUAAAUACUUCAGAAAUAACUUUUUUUUUUACAUGAUAUCAUAUUUUCCAACCUUCGGACGGAUUCGGUAAGUUGCGUCGUAUUUCUUGACGUAAUCCAUGUCCAAUUCUCGGGCCGAGGCAGGAAGCCCGGACAACAUUGUGUUAACAGAUGACGUGUCGAUUACUUUCCAAUUCUGAAAGAAGGUGUACUUAAAGACUUGCAAUUUCGUACAGUUGGUCAAAUCCGGGUAAAAACUGCUGCAGACGAGCAAAUUUUCUAAAUUUGGACACGCACCUAUCAAUGCUUGACACAUGGACGUUAAUAACUCAUAAUUGGCUUUAGCUGCCACCAAAAAAGAACACUUGGUCAUCUGGAAGGCGAUAUUGGUCAGGGUCGAUCGCACAGAAAACUUCUGACACGCCACUAAUCCCAAUUUAUCCUGAUAUUUCCCGUUGGACUUGAAUUUAAUGGAGGUGAGGUUGGGAAAGUGGGAGUUUGCAAGGGCACGCAGAAUUGGAGUGCUGUCCCAAUCUCCGACAUG